UGAGUCUGGUGGUCCUAUGGUGUGACCCGCCCUGGGCGGCACCAGUCGAUGCAAAAGACGUGUACCUCUUUGCAUCCAAACUUCAAUAGGUAGCGCAUCCGGAAUGUACAUCGAAAUCGCGUAUCGCCAUAGGCUCCCGUCCCGUAUUGAUAAACUCGGAUGGCUUCCGGGGUGGAGUGAUCGUGAUCAGCCGAAAGGAGGGUUAGACCGCGCGGGGCCCGCGUGUGGAGUAAUAUCGAUUUAUCCCGAUGCCCGCCGCUCGCUGCAUCCUCCACAUUUGCUUCUUCUUAAUCAGCGCUUUUGCGAUGUCGUGCUGAUGUCGGCUGGGUGGACCAAUUACUCGGUUGGCAAUGGCAGCCAGGCAGGCGAGGACGACGGUCCCGUCUCGGUGGGAGGUGACACUCCCGCGUGCGUUAGCUGCAAGCAACGCAAGCUGCGAUGUUCGCGCGAGACACCCUCGUGCUCGCAUUGCUUGAGGCUGUCCUCUGAAUGUGUUUAUCAGCCAAAGAACAAACCUGGGCUUAAGCCCGGAGCUGUUGAGGCGUUGACCCGCCGCGUCGCUUUUCUGGAGAGGAUACUCCUAGAUGACGCGGGAAAUGUACUGCCACGGUAUAGAGAUGACGAUACCACGACGAAUGGCCGUGCCGUCGCGCAUGAAAGCCCCAAUGUUGUAAAGGAAUGCGCACCUCGCGUUGAGGAACACGCGCCGUGUACCGCGCCUACUCCUGAUUAUGGCCACAUCCAACAAUCCGCAGAGGAUGGAUCCAGAGGCUCCGAAGAAGAGAACAGGGUGUCCAAUCCGUUGAAAAGAAGAUUCGAAGUGCCAAUUGCUGAGAGUUGGCUUUUCCCUUUUGAAGAUGUUGAUAUCGCGCAGCACCUGCCGUCUCAACCACUGCUCGAGAAGGUUGCAGACUUCUUCUGCAUCUCGUUCCAUCAUUGGAUCCCAUAUAUCCAUAAGGCGAGACUCCAAACACGAGUGCGCCAAGGUUGUCAGGAUCCAGGCCACGUGCUGGUCCUUCACGCUUUAGUCGCCGUUGCUCUGCGACAUAUGGACCCCAACGUACUAUACCUGGACAACGAUCAGAUUCUUCAGCAGACGAGGGUGUCCCGGAUGAUUGUGGAAACGCAUGCGAUGCGUAAUGUCACUAUUGAAAGCUUGCAGGCCCUCAUCUUUCUAGUUUUUGAUCUUCUCAAUGAUGGCCAAACGCAGAGAGCAUGGCCGCUGAUAGGAUCGCUCACGAGGACUAUAGACUACCUGCAACUUACUACCGAGCCAUCGACAUCACAGUCAGGGUCACUUAUGACGCCUGUGCGUUUGGUGAAGCCCUCAAACGACUGGACGGAGUUGGAAGAGCGGCGAAGAUUAUUCUGGAUCAUAUUUCUGCUCGAUCGAUAUUGUUCGGUGUCUACAGGAUGGAACACCAGUCUCACAGCAGAUGAUGUGCACCGUCGGUUACCGGCAGACGGCGGUUUCUUCACGAGAGAAGAGCCGGUGACCACUCCCUACUUCGGUAUCUGGAAUAAGGCCGCUGCUCGCAUCGGGCGCUCACUAGCAAAUGUGCCCGCGCAAUACAACGAAGAAGACCCAGGAGUCGACCACUUGCCCCCAGGAGCCAGCCCCAAUUCCGCCAACGGCUACAUUGAUGCUUCUAAGCUAGGCGCAUUCGCAUACUGCGUCGAAGCAACCGAGAGUUUGAGUCAAGUGACGACAUUCUUCCUUCAACAAAGGAUCAACUGGCAAGACAAGGAGCAUGCAGUCAGUUGGCUGACACGCUUCAAGGAGCUAGACUUGAGACUCGUGCAGUGGAAAAUCUUCCUGCCCCCUAGAUGGAAGGACUCCAAUAUCUCAUCAGACAGGACUGUAGUCGACAUGGAUCCUAAUCUAACACUAGCACACAUUACGCAUAAUACAUCGAUGAUACUACUGCAUCACCCAAUCGGAUACCCGCCCCGUGGAUGGAACGACUUCGUCGCAUUACCAAAAGAAUGCAGUGCCCAGACCUGCGAGCUCGCCGCCGUAGAGACUUCAAACAUCGUCGACAAGUUCCUUACUCACACGCCUAUACCCUUCGUCAACGUUCAAUUCUCAUUCUGCGCCUUCAUCGCCGCCAAAGUAUUACUCUUCGAACACCAAGCCACCCGCAAACCUCUACGAUCAGAAUUUCACCGCCUGAUCCAUAAUCUCGAGGAAAUGGCCGCAAGAUGGAAAGGGAAUAACACAGACAACACAAAACUCAACAACCAAGCAGGAAUAUACGCAAACCACCUUAAACGGCUACUCGAAGCCUGUCAAAACGACGCGAAUUUCCGCUUCGACUUUUACGACCACAAUGGACUGACCCUCGACCCACAAAAUUACGCCAGUCCGACUUAUGCGGCAACACCACAAGCGCGCUCCAGAAGCCUCGCACACGAGCGUUCUUUGAUGAGGAGCCACGGACGCACUAACAGCUUCGCCAGUUCGCAGUCAACCCUCAGUCCACGCCGCAUCCCACCGCCCGACGCAAUACGCAACAUAACCAUGCCCUCUCCCAGCAUCUACGAGCAACAUCACCCGCGCCUCCCAACCGCACACGCGAUAUCACCAUCCAGACAACCACCAACUCCAAUAUACGCUUCGCCACAAGUACCAGCUUCUUACCCGAGCCAUACCCCAUUACCGUAUCAACAGCCCGGAAACGGAGUUCCUACAUCUGGCCCCUCUCUCGCUCCAUACGGAAAUGCCGGUGCGACGGGAAACCAACAUAGCGUCCAGGACCAGUCUCUGCUUAAUCUAUCAGAUGCGUUUAUGGAUAGCCAUUUCCUGGAUAUGGAUCGUGUUAUCACGUUUGAAGAUGCGAAUUUCUUUAUUCCGGGGGAUGCGUUUCGGUGGCAGUAGGGUGAAGUGGGAAGUGUCGUGACGUUAAUAAUGGGAGAUGCGGUAUAGUUUGUUAAGUAUGUUAAUAGAGAUGAAUGUGCAAGUUUGUGGGCAAGUGUUAUAGAUACUGGGCCUGCAAAUAGUAGAAGCAAGUGCUAUAUCGAUAUGGAUAUUUAUGAAUGAUUCUAAGAAACGCAACGAG